AUGGAUCCUGACGAUCUCCGGCGAUUUCUCGUUUCGCUACCUUCAAAGUUGGGCUAUACCGAUAACGAUGCCCUUGAACAAUGCCUCUUCAAAGCUUUAUACUACGCUGCCACAGCAGAGGGCAAAUAUCUUCGUCACUUGUUCCCAUUAAUAAUCCAAGAUCAGAUAGAUGAACUCGAUAAUUAUGAAUUUCCUCUUUCAUUGCAUGACCGUCGUCCCUUCUAUACCGUAAAGUCCCCAGAAAAAUAUACCCACCCAAAGGGCAGAGCAUGUGCUCGAACUUUCAAGAAAGGAGACCCUGUAUUCCAGUGCCAAGAUUGCUCGUACGAUGAAACAUGUGUGCUUUGUGUAGACUGUUUCAACCCCAGUGACCACCAGGAUCAUAGUGUAUUCUCAUACUACUCGCGUGGCAUUUCAUCUGGAAUGUGCGAUUGCGGUGACCCAGAAGCAUUUGUGGUGCCAUUAAAUUGCAAAUGCCAGACGGAUUCACUGGAAUUGGAAAAUAUCCCUCCAGAUUUCGAGCAGAGUUUACGGUUGACAAUCCAAAUCUGCUUAGAUUACAUCCUUGACGUUACGAACUUCUCCAUUCAAACCCUUCCUUUCAUUCAUGAUCACAUAGACACUCCCGGAAGCCCGCUCACGUCGUUGAGACUCUCAAACUACUCCUCUUUGCCCAGCGGCCGCUACGGGGGUGCGGUAGACACAAACUCGUCGAAUCUAUGGUACUUGGUGUUGUGGAAUGAUGAAAACCACACUGUCGAUCAGGCAUUACAAGCCAUUCUCGCUGCCUCCAAGUUGGCCAAACCAAGGGCCCAGGCGCUCACACAAGUCAUCAGCGAACAGGGAAAAGCGGUCAUACUAGAGAAGUCUUCGUACUCUGAGCUUUUGGUGCCUCUUAGAAAUGCACAACUCAAUGGCUUGGUUGCGACAAUUUGCAGCGCUCGCGAUUACAUGAAAGAGUCGAUGGUGGAAAUCGUCUUUGCCUGGCUCCAGAGUUUGGCAGAGGGCAAUACUCUUCUCAGCUCUUUGAGUAGCAAGAUUAUUGCAGAACUCUUGUUGCAGCCCAACCACCAGCUCUCCAAAGUUGUACCUGCUGAGUUCAUCAAAGGUUUGUCUAUUGACGAUAAAAGACGUUGCUUCGAAAAUGGACUACUCUACGAUGGAAAAUUCGUAAAUGCCGGCUUGUGUGAGGUAUCUCCCUAUGAUAACCUUUCUCAGCUAUACAAACCGGCUCAUCUAGUUUUGACCAAAUCGCCAAAACUCGACAGAAUUCUGAGCUCUCGGCUUCAGUUCUUCUUAGCAUUUGAAAUUCGGUUUUCGACAAAGGUUAGGCGACAGCUUGGAAUGUUCCUCGUAUCACACUUGAUUGUGGACAUUCCAUCCAAGAGAGCAUUCAGCGACCAAUACAUUGAAUUGUAUCCUCAACUAAUUACCACAAUGUGUUUGUCCGACAGGGAAGAAGAAUUGAACAGUAUGUCACAUAUAUCGGCCCAAUUAUUGACCUGCCCUGCAACAGUGCUGUACAUUCUCCAAAAGGACCAACUCGGUAUUAUCAUGGGCCCAGUGGCACGCUUGAUUGAAGAACAUUCUGCAAUAUGGAACUAUGAUUCAGGGUACCCCAAUUUAGUUGAUAUCACCAAUGAUAAGCCACAUACAUAUCGAUCCAUUGUCCUCGCUAUUCAAAGAGGAAUUGACGAUAUUCGUCAUAUUAUUGACAAAUCAGUGAAAUCCAGUCUUCAUAGCUUCUUCACACACAAAAAUACCGUGAUCUUGUUGAUGUUUCUUCGAAAUUUUCAGGGUUAUUGGGCAUUAGAACGCAAGUACGGUGAUCAUGUUGAAAUUGAACAAAUGGAUUACAUCGUUCAUCGUCUUUAUUCGACUCCUGUUCUCGAUAUCGUUCAAACGCUUGCAUCUGCAGAAACUGACAUAAAGGUGGCUCAAGAUGCCACCAAAUUGAUAAUUGACUUUUUGCUAUUUGAGACAGGUCAAGAAAAAUGCACCUGGUAUCCCCGAUUUCGUUGUUAG